AUGAAUUACGGGGGUUGUUACAUUUUGGGUCUGUUGUUUGAGACUGGCAUGACAGGUUGCAAACCACUGGGAGUUCCAAUGGCUCAGAACUUAAAGCUUUUGGCUUAUAAUGAGAAGAAGAACCGGGCAAAGGAUUUAUUGAAAGAAGCUAGAAAAUAUAGAAGAUUAGUUGGUAAGUUAAUCUAUUUGACAAUCACCCAGCCUGAUAUUUCUUAUUCUGUUCAGACCUUGAGCCAAUUUAUGCAAAUGCCAACCAAGGCACAUAUGGCAACAGCAAGGAAUGUUCUGCGAUAUUUGAAAGCCAUACCUGGGUUGGGAGUCUUCAAAAAUUCAAAAGGGAAACCGAAGCUAGGAUGCUAUUGCGAUUCAGAUUGGGCAUCCUAUCCAAUGACAAGGAGAUCUGUAUCUGGAUACCUGUUGAAACUAGGAGGAUCUCUUGUGAUGUGGAAAACUAAAAAGCAACAUACUGUCUCAAAGUCUUCUGCAGAAGCAGAGUAUAAAGCCCUGAGUAUGGCCAUAUCAGAGGUAGUUUGGGCUGUUAGUUUGCUAAAAGAUGUGGGCAUAGAUCACAAGAAUCCAGUGAAAGUAUAUUUGUGA